AUGGAGGCCCUAGUAGAAAAUACGGCAGCAACGCCUUCUCGGUUCUACUGUCAUUCGUGCGCCAUGGAAAUCGAUCGUGUAUCUUCGGAGUUCACAUGUCCACACUGUCAGGAAGGAUUCAUUGAGGAACUGCCGGUUGCCGAACGAGGUGGUGCAUCUGGGCCAGCCUCGGGACAGGACUUUGAGCUGUUGUCAAAUGAUUACGACAAUCCACAGAUUAGCAACGAGGCCAUACGGUUGGCUGGGGAAAUUUUCACAAAUUCCUUCCUGUCACCAUUGUUCCGUCGCAAUGAUGGCCCAGAUGGCGAGUCCGCUGGUACAACCAGCAAUGGUGAUCAAGCUUCUUUAGGUCAUGAAGACAUUCCUAUGAAUGGAGUCGGACAGGGUUCGGGAACGUCCACAGCAUCGGGAAGCUCAACGAUUGCCGAUAUGGCCGAAGGUUCUGCUAGUAGUAGCACUGCAGCAAGUGGCGCCGCGGGAGGAGAUUCACGACCCUCAAUGCGCUACUCCGGAAGACGGGGUAGCCGAAGACGAGGAGUGCAGAACAUAAACCAGGUGGAUCACAUUCUUCGUGAGAUUCUGAUAUCGGUGUCCGGCGGAGCGAACGGUGGUGCUGGUGCUCCUUUGCUAUUCAUGGGAAAUCCGGGAGACUACGCCUGGGGACGUGAGGGCAUCGAUACGAUCGUAACACAGCUGCUCAAUCAAAUGGACAGUACGGGGCCACCUCCGUUAGAAAAAGAACGAAUUGCCGAGAUUCCCACGGUAACGAUAAACGAGGAACAGGUCGAACGAAAGCUACAGUGCUCCGUUUGCUUCGAGGACUUCGUAGUCGGAGAGUCGGUCCGGAAAUUAUCGUGCUUGCACGUAUAUCAUGAUCCUUGCAUCAUUCCUUGGUUAGAGCUGCACGGUACUUGCCCGAUUUGCCGAAAAAGCCUGUCGCCGGAAGAAUCACACGCUGGAUCCCAAUCACAAUCGCAGAAUACGCAAUCGCAGAAUGAAAGUUCACAGCAAAACUCGCAGCAACAGCCAUCAUCGCAGACCGAUGCCGGUCGACAGAAUCCAAACUUUCUCACCUUCACAAUACAUGAUUUGCUUCCCACCCUUUCAGGACCCACGAUGACGAAUCUGCUAUUCGACAUGGGGCAAACAUUGGCAUCUGCAGCGCCUGCAGCAUCCGUAUCAUCUAGUCUACCGGCAACAGCCAGCGGAAGUGCAACUGGUGGUGCGGCGGAUAACGCUUCAUCCGGUGGAUCGACGUUAAGUCGGACAAAUGCGCCACCGGGAGGAUCGUCCACGAGUGGCAACUCCUCGCAAUCCAGCAAUAGUCAACGGGACGACGAUGGAACGAUUGAUUAUACACUAGAUUUAGAUUAACCAAAAAGGCCCCGCCACAGAAUACACACGCACGCGCGCAUGUUUGCACGCAGCUGCAUAGCAUACAUACUGAAAAAAUGCAUUCGUUUUGCAAGUAUGCAGACGGAUUGGGAAAGUCAUGGAAUAUAUGUUUUUCUUGCAGUUCCACAGGAGCGAGGAGUCGCGCGG